AUGGUCGGCUGCCUGGUUGCUUGAUAGCAGCGGUCGACGAAGCGGACGAGACGCGAAGCGAAGAUCGGGGGCUUCGUCGGAUAGUUGGCUGAAUCCGAUUCGCGUCGCUCUAUCUCAGCUACUACUACUGCUGCUGCUGCUGCUCAAGCUGUUUGAGAGUAAGCGAACUGAUAGUUGUCUGAUCGGGCGUCCCCCUAGGAGACAACACCACGACGCCUCGUGAUUCGUUAGAAAGGCUCCUCUUAAUCAUUUACUUUACCGUUACAAUAAUGUUCAAUAUAGUUUCGUCCAUUACGCUGGCUGUGUUAAAUUCGUACUAGCGGGUCUAUGAGAAUUAACUUUGGACAUUCGUAUAGUUCAAAUGCUUCAAGUUUACAAUCAGCCCGUGUCAUGUAACUGUUGCCGUGUGGAAAGCCGUGGACCUGUCUCAGUGAGUGUGAUCUUCAGAGAGUAAAACUUUUCUUGAAGAAAUUACAAUAAUUGGUCGGAGUUCAGGGACGUAAUUUUCUACCUGGUACACAUAUAGGUGGAAUGUUGCUAUCGGUUAUAUCAUUACCAUCGUCAUCAUCGCCGUCGUUGCUCUCGCUGUUGUUGUAGGGAAAGGACGCAGUGAUGUACGUGCAGCAACGGUGGACUAAGUCAUUUCGAUUUUAUAAGAUUGGGAUAACGAUGCUGUAGCGAACCAGAUUAAAGGAUAGUCAAGCUUAAGGACAGGCGAAUUGGUGCUACAAUACUCAAGCUUCAUAUUGACGGGGGACGCGAGAACGGCAUUUCAAAGAUGAUGCCGCUAUCGAGAAGCGCCAGGGUAAAUAUGUGUAUGGCUAUACACAGGGUUUGGACCACGACUGUACACUAUGAUACAAGGAGACGUGGGACAAUGUACAGUGUUGGUCGUGCCUAGAACUAUGUCUCUGGAGUAGAAAGGCUUUUAUCCGACUGUAACGGAUGUCUAAAGGAAGUUCACAUUAAUUCGGAAAAACAGAGGGACAGGGUUGAGAAGUUCAGUGAGAACAACUACUUCCCGAAAUGUCGUGCUGUGACUUCGGCGUCUGGUGUAAUCCUCUUAUGUGGCCUUCAAGCUGCUUAGCGCUAUCCGAUGAUGGCGGACGUUCGGUGGAUUCUGACGAACAAGAAAUCAUUAAGCAAGCGCUUAUGAUUAAGCGCUCAGUCAACCGGAAACGUCUCGGCCCCGUGAAUUACAAGGCUCGAUGGUUCGUCUUGACCAAAAGUUGCCUCACCUACUAUGAGGGCACCCUCGAGAAACGAGGUCGUGAGAAAGGAAGAAUUCCUUUGUCUUCGAUUCGUCUUAUCGAAUACGUCAAUGAUGAGGCCAUCGACAAGAAAUACGUCUUUCAGAUCGGAUUUGAAGCAGAGCAUAUAUUAUACGUGGUUGCAUCUUCUGCCGAGCAAAGAGACGAGUGGAUCUGCGCUCUACGAAAGUUUUGCACCGAUAAUCAGUGCCUAGUAGACAAAUAUCACGCCAAAUUGUGGUCCGGUUCGAAAUGGGCUUGCUGCGGAGAUCCUUCGAGAAGUUCGUGUGGUUGUCAACCCACCUGGGUCACUAAGCCGCUCACAUCGUUCUUCAAAAACAAACUCAACAGUUCGUCUCGCUCAUCGGCAAGUUGUUCUAGUCCGUCGAAAAAAAAUGUACAUACCGUCGAAUCGAUGGGCCUGAUUCAGAGGAGUGGUAGUAACUCAUCGCUUGACGUCACCCUUCCUCGCGCACAUCAUCUCUCUCGCAAAAAGGUGAGCGAGUCGCUACGGGACGGAAUUGGUGAAGGCAACAGCAAUAUGUCUUCUCUUGAAAACGCUACAAAGCUUGCACUCAUCAUGGCUUACAACCAGGAGAAUAAAAACGGAAGCAGCAGCAACAAUAACAACUGGUCAUCAGUUAGCAGCAAUCACCAUAACGUACAUCACCAAAACGGUCAUAACAACAACAGUAAUAAUAACAACAGCAGCAGCAGCAGCAGCAGCAACAACAACAACAACAAUGUUAACAACGCCAACAACAAUAAUCACCACUACAGCAGCUCGUCUUCUGCUAGCUCAACAUCAGCGCGAAAUACGGCUGCUACCAUCGGCAACAAUGUAGGAUCGACUACCAACGGAAGCUCAAGCGCGACUCGUAAAACGGUUAUCGCAUUAUUCGAUUUUGAAGCACAAGAAGAUGGCGAUCUCUCGCUGAAGCGGGGCGAAGAGUAUGAGGUUAUGGAUGAUUCCGGAGAACAUUGGUGGCAGGUGCGGAGCGCGUCUGGAGAAAGCGGUUAUAUUCCAUCGAAUUAUGUUCAAGAGCAGACGGUGAAAGGCCUGUGGCGUCACGAGUGGUACGCGGGUGACAUGUCACGGCAAAAGGCCGAAGUCCUAUUAAGGCAGGAAGGUCGUGAAGGAUGCUUCGUGAUCAGAAAUUCGUCAACUAAUGGAAUGUACACCCUCUCGCUGUUUACAAAAAUCCCCGGCCCCCAGGUGAAGCACUAUCACGUUAAAAGCAAUGCGUCUGGCGAACUUUACCUUAGCGAAAGACAUCGCUUCAAAUCCCUUGAGGAACUAGUCUUUUAUCACAAGCACGAUUCUGGUGGGCUCGCUACACGGCUUAAAUUCGCGCCGGCCUCCCUACAAAAAAUGCAACAGAGGCAACAGGCAGGCUCAUCGAACGGAAUUAGCUCAGAUAAAUGGGAAAUUGACCCGUCAGAACUAAGCUUAUUGGAAGAGCUGGGCUCUGGCCAGUUUGGAGUGGUUCGUCGAGGACGAUGGCGGCAGAGUAAAGACGUUGCUGUGAAAAUGAUGAAAGAAGGAACUAUGAGCGAAGACGAUUUUAUCGAAGAGGCCAAAGUCAUGACAAAACUACAACAUCCCAAUUUGGUGCAAUUGUUUGGGGUGUGCUCCAAGCAACGUCCAAUACUGAUUGUAGCCGAAUAUAUGAGAUUUGGUUCUUUACUAAAUUACCUGAGACGGCAUGAAACUCGGCUUCAAGCACAAAAACCACACGUUCUGCUCGAUAUGUGCAUUCAGGUGUGCUCUGGAAUGGCCUAUCUGGAAAUGCAUAAUUAUAUACAUCGGGAUCUCGCCGCAAGGAAUUGCCUCGUCGGCGAAGGUAAUGUCGUAAAGGUCGCCGAUUUCGGACUGGCCAGAUACGUGAUUGAUGACGAGUACACAUCGUCAGGCGGUACUAAAUUUCCUAUAAAAUGGGCGCCUCCGGAGGUCCUUGGAUAUACGCGCUUUUCCAGCAAAUCUGAUGUCUGGGCUUAUGGUGUCCUUAUGUGGGAGGUAUUCACAUGCGGAAAGAUCCCGUACGGACGGGCAAGUAACGCCGAAGUGGUAGAGUUUGUUCAGAGAGGCCAGAGGCUGGAUAGGCCUAGAACGUGCCCCCGAGAUGUCUACAACGUCAUGAAGCUCUGCUGGGAAAAGUAUCCGGAAGGUCGGCCAACAUUCCGAGGAGUCAAGGCUCAGCUUGACCGUAUUAUGGAUGACCCAAAUUUUUAGCCAAAAAUGUGCAUUGAAAUCUGAGUGCAACAACAACAAUAACAAACGGAUAUGCAAAGGCCGUUGUGGCUUCUGACACAGGUUGAAAUCCGAAUUUCUUCGAAAAGUCAACGUUUUCUUCGAGCUCAUAGAAACAAUACGAGAAAUAAGAAUACGGAAAAACGAAUCAAAUAAUAUCAACAACAAGAAGAGAAAAUAAAUACAUAACGUUACAAUACAUGAAGGGAGAUCAUGAAUAAAGUAGAAUCUAUAGGAAGAAGGGGGGGCUCAGACAGCAUCAGCUAAAUAUAUUUUUAUGGAUUUAGAAGUGAUUAUAUUAUAUAGUUCAGACUUCGCAGGCUUAAAUGAAAUCCGCAACGACGUUGCAAUGCCACUUCCUCAAACACCAAUGCCACUUAGUCAGCGCUGCAGUGAAAUCGGUCAAGCUAAUAAUUUAAUAGAGUUCGGCAUCCCGCACUAAUAUUGCAAUUAUUAUGCACAGUAAACAUCGAGCUAACUGUACAUAUACAAAAUGAGCUAUUUAAACAACUGCUUAUGCAUGUGCCUCUGUGAGAUAGUACGCGUCGUUUAUCGUAAAGGGCGCUGAGACUUUUUCGUUUUCUAUUCAAGCAUAGAGCACUCGUGUAAAGUGCUCAACGCGCGUCGGUACUCUGUUCUUAGGUUUCUCUAGGAUUAGUAUUAAGUAAAUAUUUUAAUUUUACCAAUACUAGUUAAAAUGCUAUCGAUAAAAUAAAAAAAAAUAGUAGUCGAUAAUGGACAUUUAAUACAGUUUAUAAUUAAUUUUACCUUUGUAAAAUGCAAUCAGUAUUGCAUCGGCAUUUCUAUAAAAUAAUUCCUCCUCCUUUAUGCUGUAGUGUCGACAAUAGAAGUCUUAACAUAGACAUAACUGAUCCUUAUGUUUUGCAUUUCUUAUUUAGAUUAUUUUAUAUUUCUCAUUGUGGACCUCAAUCAAUUGCUCUUUGCGCAAAUAAUAACGUGCGUUGCAAAUGAUAGGUCAAAAAUAUGAAGUAUGUAGAGAGCCAAACCUUCAAAUAAAAAAAAAAUCAAAUUCGUCGGAAUUCACUCGCGGAACCAAUAAGACUUUACUCGCAACACUCAAUGUGAAAGAUACUAAUACUCCGUCACCGCCGAAAAUAUUGCAUUCGUAUUUAGUUUUGAUAAAAUUAUUGCAAACAAUGCAUGACAACUGUUAAGCAAUAUAAAAUACACUAGAUAAUCGGUUGCGGAAUGAAUGGUUUUUCAUUUGUGUAGAUUAUUGUUGCAUAGAAGACUACCUAUUGGAAAUACAAGUAUAGUUUUCGCACGUCUGAUGCAAGAUUUACAUUUAAAAAUGACUAUUUUGAUUAUUAUCUGCGAAACUAACUUCGUUCUGUUGCAUAAACCCAUUCUGAAAAAUUAUAUCCCACAGCGCAAACAUAAAUACAUACGCUGCAUUAGUGCAAAGUCGACUUAUUAUUUGUCAACUUGUUGCUGUAGUCGACCCAUUACUGGAGGCUAUGACACCGAUGCCAGAGGACCUUUCGUGCGGUGGCUCGAGUUCAGGACAUAUGGGGAAUUACUGAGAGGGUAUGCAACGCUUCUUAACGCAAGACAGUGUAGGCCCGGACUUUUUCAAAGUUCUGCGUUCAAAUCGAGCCACCAAAUCAAGUUCCCGUAGGAUUCCUGUGUGUAGAUAGUAUAAGCACAUAAACACUCAUUUUAUAGAUUUUACCAUUAUUAGUAUAUCGGCUAGGCUAAACGGAAAUUGAGAUAUAUGCAUCUUGUACCACUGCAUUCACAAUAAAAAUUUGUCAGAAAAAGUUA